AUGGAAAAAGAAGGAUAUUGCUGGAACGUGCAUUCGAAAGAGUCUCGAACUAAAGGAAGUAAAGAUCGGACUCCUGUUGAGAAAGACAAAACAGCCAGACUUCCCGUUUACUUCGACCACACAGCCAGACUUCCUGUUGACUUCAAUCGAACACCCUCACGUUCUCCUUUAAGCAGGACCUACUACAAGCCUCCCGAUAAGGUCCGUGGCAUUGAUUUACCCACAAAGUUCAUAACAAUGUCGGACAAGAAGGAAGACAUAUACGCUCCUUUAGAAGAGGAUGUCGAUUUGACCAAAGUUCUAGUAGAUUUUAACACGGAAAAUUUGGCUGGUGCUGGCGCUGGAGAUGUAAGUCUUUUGAGAGGAAUCAAUAAACAGAGUCAAAAGUGUUCUUAAAG